AUGCAAUCAUCUGACAUACUUUUUUUUAAUGGUAUAGAAGAAACAGUAGAUUCCUUAGCACACGAGUCUCAGCGACAAAAGAAAAAGAAAAAAGCUUGCGAUAUGAAAACUACAUGCAUCACAAUCUUGUUUUGGCCCCUCUCCAUGCUAUUAUUAUCAGAUGAAAGCCAGUCUUCUAGAACAGAAGUCAAAUAUAAUUUCACUGAAAUGAAUUAUUCUUUGAUUCCAGUGGAUAUCAAUAAAAAUGUUACUAUACUUGAUCUCAGUUAUAACCAAAUUACUCUGAAUGUUACAGACACAACGGUUCUACAGAUGUAUUUUUUACUCACUGAACUCUAUUUGAUUGAGAACAAUAUCAUUAUGUUAUAUAAUAACAGCUUUGGUAACCUCUCCAACCUAGAAAUUUUAAAUAUGUGUACAAACUCCAUCCACAUAAUUCAACAGGGUGCAUUCACAGGCUUAAAUAAACUAAAACAGUUACAUCUCUGUCAAAACAAAAUACUUCAGCUGAAUCCUGAUAUAUUUUUACCUCUAAAACACCUAAUACUUCUGAAUCUGCAAGGCAAUUUGAUAAGCUAUUUUGAUGUACCACUAAUGUUUCAUCUGGAAUUAAUAAUUUUAUAUGGAAAUCCAUGGAACUGCUCUUGUAGUCUGCUGAAUUUACAGAACUGGUUGAACACCUCAAAUGUGACACUAGAAAAUGAGAACAUCACCACGUGUGAAUACCCAGAUAGCCUGAAACGCUACCGUAUCACAACAGUACCUUACAAUGCCAAAUGCUACUCAAAAUUUUCUCCACUUAUCUAUGAAGAUCUUCAUAGCCAUUUUCAGUCCAUUACCAACUCAACAUUUAAUAGCUCUUUGAACAACUUAAAAAAUUCAGAACAUAAACUUGGAAAAAGCUGGGCUUUUCUUGUCGGUGUGGUAGUCACUGUACUGAUGACUUCAUUCCUCAUUUUUAUUGCUAUCAAAUGCCCAAUAUGGUAUAAUUUUCUGCUUAGUUACAAUCAUCAUCGCCUGGAAGAGCAUGAAGCAGAAACCUAUGAAGACUGUUUUACUGGAAAUUCAAGUUCUCUUUCACAGGCCCCACAUACAAACUCUGAAGAAGCUACAGUAAUAUAUGAACAACAUUCAUUUGUAUUAGAUGACGAUGGGUUUAUUGAAGACAAAUAUAUAGAUACUCAUGAAUUACGUGAAGAAAAUUAA